AGGGGAAGGGCGGGGGGGCGGCCAUGGAGCGGGUCAGCGACGCGUCCUGCGGCCCGUCGGGUUGCUACACCUACCAGGUGAGCAGACACAGCACCGAGAUGCUGCACAACCUGAACCAGCAGCGCAAGAACGGCGGGCGCUUCUGCGACGUGCUGCUGCGGGUGGGCGACGAGAGCUUCCCCGCGCACCGCGCCGUGCUGGCCGCCUGCAGCGAGUACUUCGAGUCGGUGUUCAGCGCCCAGCUGGGCGACGGCGGGGCCGCGGACGGGGGUCCCGCGGACGUGGGGGGCGCGGCGGCGGCUCCGGGCGGCGGGGCCGGGGGCAGCCGGGAGCUGGAGAUGCACACCAUCAGCUCCAAGGUGUUCGGGGACAUCCUGGAUUUCGCCUACACGUCCCGCAUCGUGGUACGCCUGGAGAGCUUCCCCGAGCUCAUGACGGCCGCCAAGUUCCUGCUGAUGAGGUCGGUCAUCGAGAUCUGCCAGGAAGUCAUCAAGCAGUCCAACGUGCAGAUCCUGGUGCCCCCGGCUCGGGCCGACAUCAUGCUCUUUCGGCCCCCUGGGACCUCCGACUUGGGCUUCCCUUUGGACAUGACCAACGGGGCAGCCUUGGCGGCCAACAGCAAUGGCAUCGCCGGUAGCAUCCAGCCGGAGGAGGAGGCGGCGCGGGCGGCAGGUGCGGCCAUUGCGAGCCAAGCCUCCCUGCCUGUGUUACCUGGGGUGGACCGCUUGCCCAUGGUGGCCGGACCCCUGUCCCCCCAACUGCUGACUUCCCCAUUCCCCAAUGUGGCAUCCAGUGCCCCUCCACUGACGAGCAAGCGAGGCCGGGGCCGUCCUAGGAAGGCCAACCUGCUGGACUCAAUGUUCGGGUCCCCAGGGGGCCUGAGGGAGGCAGGCAUCCUUCCAUGUGGCCUUUGUGGCAAGGUGUUCACCGAUGCCAACCGGCUCCGGCAACACGAGGCCCAGCACGGUGUCACCAGCCUCCAGCUGGGCUACAUCGAUCUGCCUCCUCCGAGGCUGGGCGAGAAUGGGCUGCCCAUCUCCGAGGACCCCGACGGCCCCCGAAAGAGGAGCCGGACCAGGAAGCAGGUGGCUUGCGAGAUCUGUGGCAAAAUCUUCCGCGACGUGUACCAUCUCAACCGGCACAAGCUGUCCCACUCCGGGGAGAAGCCCUACUCCUGCCCCGUCUGUGGGCUGCGGUUCAAGAGAAAAGACCGCAUGUCCUACCACGUGCGGUCCCAUGAUGGGUCCGUGGGCAAACCCUACAUCUGCCAGAGCUGUGGGAAAGGCUUCUCCAGGCCCGAUCACUUGAACGGACAUAUCAAGCAGGUGCACACUUCUGAACGACCUCACAAGUGUCAGACCUGCAACGCUUCUUUUGCCACCCGAGACCGUCUGCGCUCCCACCUGGCCUGUCAUGAAGACAAGGUGCCCUGCCAGGUGUGUGGGAAGUAUUUACGGGCAGCGUACAUGGCAGACCACCUGAAGAAGCAUAGCGAGGGGCCCAGCAACUUCUGCAGCAUCUGUAACCGAGGUUUCUCCUCUGCCUCCUACUUAAAGGUCCAUGUUAAAACCCACCACGGUGUUCCCCUUCCCCAGGUCUCCAGGCACCAGGAGCCCAUCCCGAAUGGGGGAGCAGCAUUCCACUACGCCAGGACCUAUGGCAACAAAGAAGGCCAGAAAUGCUCACAUCAGGAUCCGAUUGAGAGCUCCGACUCCUACGGUGACCUCUCAGACGCCAGUGACCUGAAGACGCCGGAGAAGCAGAGCACCAAUGGCUCUUUCUCCUGCGACAUGGCAGUCCCUAAAAACAAGAUGGAGUCUGACGGGGAGAAGAAGUAUCCGUGCCCUGAAUGUGGGAGCUUCUUCCGCUCCAAGUCCUACUUGAACAAACACAUCCAGAAGGUGCAUGUCCGGUCCCUCGGGGGCCCCCUGGGGGACCUGGGCCCUGCCCUUGGGUCCCCUUUCUCUCCCCAGCAGAACAUGUCUCUCCUCGAGUCCUUUGGGUUUCAGAUCGUUCAGUCGGCGUUCGCGUCAUCUUUAGUAGAUCCUGAGGUGGACCAGCAGCCCAUGGGGCCCGAGGGGAAGUGAGGCAGAUGCCGUGUCCCCAAGGACACGGCCAUCAGGGACUGCUGAGAAGUGCUGUGAAUGCGGAGGAAGUGAUGUCUUUGGGGUCUGUAGCUGAGAGAUUUUUAUUUGUUUUUAACGCCCCCUACACCCACCCUCGCCCCAUUUCCUCCUGAUCACCCCGCGCCCAGUGGUCUUUAGAAAUGGGCUCAUCUGAUACUCUGCAGACGUACCUGUGAGGCCCGGCUUGCGACCAGGGCAGAAAACACUACAUAGGCCUCUAAGUCAGCACCACUCCCGGUUUCUCUUAUGUGCAGAAGCCAGAAUUCCUGGUGCUCAAUUCUUAGUGACCCCAACCCCAAGCCCAAGCCCAAGCCCCAUGGCAUUCUGGGACCUCAGAGAUUUUGGUUCCUUCACACUUCCCCAAUUCCUAUUUCCCUUCAAAAGAAACCUCAGUAGGGUCUCCGCACACUCACACAACCUCGAUGCCCAACUGUUUUAAGGAAGCCCGAAGCCUGCAGCAUCCCACGGACCAUGGGUGAGUGCCCUCCAAGAGCCCCCAGGCUGAGCCCUUGACCUGGAGGGCCUCCCACCUUCCUGAGCCCUGCUGGAGGCUAGCAUUUCACUGCUAGCCCGAUAAACUCAGCUACUGAGGACGCCCCACCCCAAAUUCCAUCUCUUACACAAUCUUAACCAUUCAACUUGCUGUUGGGUUCUAAUUCUAUAAUUAUUAUUAUUAUUGGUAUUAUUUUUAGGACCAGUUGUAGUGAAUUGCUACUGAAAGCUAUCCCAGGUAAUACAGAGCUCUUUGUAAACCGCAGUCACACGUUAGGGUUAGUAUUAAACCUUGUUUAGAUGUACCAUAAUUAACUUGGCUAGUUGAUCGUUUGAAGUCUAUGGAAGAAAUAGUUUUAUGCAAAAUUUAAAAAAAAAAAAUGCCAGUCUGGUCAGGAAGGUAGGAGGUGUCAAUGCUGUGGGGAGCCAGGAAGGUCUAGAGCCAGCAGGUAGGGACAUUGUGUACCUUGACUGUGUCACGUGAGCAAGUUCAGGUUGACCUCGUGAUGUGAAUUGAUCUGAUCAGACUGUAUUAAAAACAUUAGUACCUUGC